AUACGGCCGGUGUAAUACUAUAGUUUGUACAAUGGCAAAAAUUCACGAAGCGCUCAAACCAAUCCAGUGGCUUAUCGGAACUUGGGAAACGGUCAGUGCUAAGGGUCAUUUCCCAACUAUAAAAGACUUCGUUUAUUCCGAGGUGCUGAAAUUCGAAUCACUUGGUCAACCAUUGCUGAACUACGAAGCUCGUUCCCGUAACCCCGUGUCUGGUGCACCGAUGCAUUUGGAGAGUGGUUUUUUGCGAAUCAAACCAGGUACAAAUCAAUUGGCAUUUAUGAUCUCGCAUAACUUUGGCCUCGCAGUAUUAGAGGAAGGUACGGCAUGUGAAAACGGGCUUGAAUUGGAAACCAAGUCCAUCAGUCGGAUGUCGUUUGCCAAAGAUCCAUCAGUGAAAGCUUUGAAAAAGACUUAUGUAUUGAAUAAAGAUGGAACACUGGAAAUUCGGACCGAUAUGGAAACCAGUAACACUGCAAUGACCAACCACCUUGUGGCCGUUUAUAAAAAACAAGAAUAG